AUGAGUAUCUCUGCACUGAGCCCCACCAGAUUUCUGGAAAGCACCUCUGGGCUCCUCCAAGUGGCCUUUCUGGCUGGCCUGCUUCUGCUGCUGUUCAAGAUAGCACACCACCACCUGUGCAGACAAUGGCUGUUGGAAGAGCUCCAUCAGUUCCCAUCUCCACCCUCCCACUGGCUCUUUGGCCAUUAUUUAGAGUUCAAAGAGGACCAGGAGCUGCAAUGGCAUUUAAGAUAUGCAGAGAAAUUCCCAGGUGCCUAUGUCUAUUGGAUAUGGGGGAGUAAAGCCUUCAUCCAGAUCUAUGACCCUGACUACAUGAAAGUGAUUCUGGGAAGAGCAGACCCAAAGGCUGACAUCUACAGACUCUUGAUCCCUUGGAUUGGACAUAGUUUGUUCUUUUUGAACGGGCAUAAGUGGUUCCAGCAUCGUCCGAUAUUGACCCCGGCUUUCCACUUUAACAUCCUGAAGGCCUCUGUGGGGACCAUGGCAGACUCUGUGCAAGUGAUGCUGGACAGAUGGGAGCAGCUCGCUUGCCAAGACACCUCUCUAGAGAUCUUUCACCACAUCUCGUUGAUGAUGCUGGACACCAUCAUGAAGUGUGCCUUCAGUUACCAGGGCAGUGUGCAGCUGGACAGCCUGUUUUAUAUCCUCUCCUUCACGGAUUCUCAUGCGUACCUCCAAGCUGUUAGUGACCUGGGCACCCUAAUACCUUCCCGUAUGAAGAACGCCUUCCUCCAGAACGACAUUAUCUACAAUCUGACUUCUGACAGCCAAAGGACCAAACGUGCCUAUCGGGUUGCCCAUGAACAUACAGACCAAGUGAUCAAGCUGAGAAAGGCUCAGCUGCAGGGCGAGGAAUCACUGGAGGAGCUCAAAGGAAAGAAGCAAUUGGAUUUCCUGGACAUCCUUCUGUUUUCCAGAACAGAAGAUGGGAACAGCUUGUCUGACAAAGAGCUGCGAGCUGAGGUAGACUCACUCAUGUUUGGGGGUCAGGACACACCAGCCAGUGGUGUCUCCUGGGUCUUCCAUGCUUUGGCCACACAUCCUGAGCACCAGCAGAGAUGCAGAGAGGAGCUUCAGAGCCUUCUAGGGGAUGGAGCACCCAUCACAUGGGAGCACCUGGACAAGAUGCCCUAUACCACCAUGUGCAUCAAGGGGGCCCUGAGGCUCUACCCAACAGUACCAGUUGUGGGCAGAGAGCUUAGCACGCCUGUUACCUUCCCAGAUGGGCGCUCCUUACCCAAAGGUGUCACAGUUCUGCUCAACUUUUAUGCCCUGCACCUCGACCCAAAAGUGUGGCCAAAUCCAGAGGUGUUCGAUCCUUCCCGGUUUGCAAGGGAUUCUGUGAGACACAGCCAUGCUUACCUGCCCUUCUCAGGAGGAUCAAGGAACUGCAUUGGGAAGCAAUUUGCCAUGAAUGAGCUUAAGGUGGCUGUGGCCUUGACCCUGCUCCGCUUUGAACUACUGCCAGAUCCCACCAGGAUUCCCAACCCUGUUAACCAACUUGUACUGAAGGGCAAGAAUGGGAUCCACCUGCAUCUUAGGAAGCUCCAGUAG